GAUACAAAUUGAAGAUUUCAGGACCUACCUUGGUGGGCAGCUCCUCACUGUUGAAGAUCUUGCAGAGGCAGAAAGGUCAGUCGUCACAUACACCCAAGGACAAGCCUUCGGUGCUGAAAUUGCAACACUGGAGAUGAUCCCACCUAGAGUGCACAAGGGCAGUAAGAUCUGCAGGCUUGAUCCUGUCCUAGACGAGGGCAUUCUGAGAGUAGGUGGCCGACUGCACAAAUCUGCAAUGCCUGAGGAAACCAAACACCCCUGCAUCUUGCCCAAAGACUCGCACAUCUCGAUACUGCUCUUAAGACACAUCCACGAACGCUGUGGCCACAAUGGCAGAAACCACAUGCUAUCAGAGCUCCGGAAAAAGUACUGGAUUUUAAAAGGCAACUCAGUUGCCAGGAAGGUGCUCUCAAAAUGUGUCAUGUGUCGACGUUCAAGGGGCAAGGCAAGUGAACAGAAGAUGGCGGAUUUGCCGUUAGAAAGAAUCCUACCUGACCUCCCUCCAUUUACCAAUGUCGGGUUGGACUACUUUGGCCCGUUUGAAGUGAAACGAGGGAGAACUGCCAUCAAAAGAUUUGUCUGCAGGAGGGGCCAGGUGAAGCACAUCAGGUCUGAUAAUGGAACAAACCUGGUGGGUGCACACGGAGAGCUCAAGAAGUCACUGAACGAGAGGAAAAUCCAAGAUGCCCUGCUUCCAGAUGGAAUCGAAUGGAGUUUCAAUCCACCAUCAGCAUCACACCAUGGCGGAGCCUGGGAAAGGCUCAUAAGAUCUGUCCGCCAGGUGCUGAACUCUACUCUCCAUCAACAGUCCAUCGAUGAUGAAGGCCUCCAAACACUGUUUUGCGAGGUGGAGGCAAUCCUGAACAAUCGUCCUCUCGGCACAGUGUCCUCAGACCCACAUGACCUAGAGCCACUGACCCCAAAUCACAUCCCGCUAUUGAAAGCCAAGCCAAUCCUACCCCCUGGAACCUUCUUGAAGUCCGACAUCUAUGCCAGACGUCGCUGGAAACAGGUCCAGUACAUGGCCGAUCUUUUCUGGCAAAGGUGGACCAAAGAAUAUCUUCUGCUGCUGCAGGAGAGGCAGAAAUGGACUUCACUAAAGAGGAACCUUAGUGUCGGAGACAUUGUCCUGGUCGUUGACCCCACUGCUCCUCGAGGGUCCUGGCCAUUAGGAAGAGUGCUGGAGACGAAACCUGAUGCAAGGGGUCUAGUGCGGUCAGUGAAGCUCAAGACAAAAACUUCAGUCCUUGAGAGGCCCAUAACCAAGCUGUGCCAAAUCCUUGAGUCUGAAGAGUGACCAGGGUUCCUGAUCACAUUAGAAAGGAAUGUAAUGUAUACAUGAUUUCAUACCUUCUCUAAACCAUUAUGCAUUACAUACUUCUGAAAGCAUUAAGUGCUUAUUUACUUUAUUGAUAAAUUGACCCCUCUUUUGGCUCCUUUCAUGUUAAUUUAGGUAAUUGAUUCUAUAGAGAACAAUUAGGGGCCGGUGUGUAGGAGCCGCAUUUAAGUUUUUUGUAUUUGGAAUGAUUUAUCGAUUUUUCCCCUUUUUGUGGAAUUGCGAGUGUGCGCCCUCUAUAGGUGGUGACGGUGCCACCCUUGAAAUGGCUGCAAGACACGCAUGACGAGGAGAAGGCGGGCGCAAUUACCGUCAUUGACCUCAGUGCUGAGGCCGUGAACCACGCUGUCUCUGUUUGGGCCUGUUCAGCUUGUUGCAGCGUUUAGUUAUUUGGACUUUAAAACUGCAAUUGCAUCCUUAUUUUUUGGUGACAAUUUUUAUACAAUAAAACCGGCAACAUUGGAUGGUCAAACUCCCUUUGUAUUGGAUUAUUGGACAGAACUGCGAGUCUUGACAUUGCUUCUCCUGCUUUCUCCAUGGUGGUAAAAUCAAUUAGGACGUAGGAAUAGGAUCUAGGGGUUUAAAGGAAAAAACUCAACUGUUUUUGCCACUACACUCUCCUUUAUCUUGUUAGUCUUUUCAUAAUAAAAAUCAUUCAUCGGGCUUGAAACAUAAAAAAGCAUAGAAAGAAAGCGAACAAUGUAAAGCAAUUUUGUUGACACAAAUAUAUAACAUUUCAUCAUUUCAAUGACAUUUGAAGACUCAACUGGAUUUCAGAACAGAAAUUAGGU